AUUCUCGUUACACGCACUCAUCUCGUAACUUCAAUUUUGCCGCUUUCAAAAGCCCGCGCUCUUUAUCUCCUCCGUCGAUCGAUUCGAUUUCCAUUUUCGAGGAACUCUGCAAUCGCUAAAAUCAGAUGGAUACUUCAAACCCUUCAGUUUUUGUCAACGCUGAGCUUUUACGCCUGUAUGUUGGAAGAAGAGUUCGGGCAGUGAUUCAGGUACAGUCUGAAGGCAACGGAGUCAUAUAUGGUAAAUCGACAGAUAACAAUCAGAUUGUUGUGAAAGGCUCCCCACCCUUUCCCCUUUCGAAGUUUGUUGAGGUCAUUGGAAUUGCUGAUACUGACAAAUCCAUACGAGCUGAUGUUUGGACCAAUUUUGGCGACUCAUUCGAUACAUCUACCUUCAAUAAACUAUGUCAGCUUGCUAAUGGGGAGUUCAAACCCUUGUUUAUCUGAUAUUCAAGCUAGACAUUCUUUGGUAAGAAAGCUCAACCUCUACCGUCACCUCUCGUGGCACGCUAAGUCGCCGAUGUUUCUUCAUGUUCUUCUGAAGCUUCUGAGAGAUCUAUCUCUCAUACGGGGUAAUGGAUAUACUAAAUUUGAGUAUGCAAUGAAUGUUUGUGUCAGAAUAUAGUGUAAUGAACACUGCUUCAAAAUAUCAAUCAAGAAGCUAUUUUGAUCA